AUGUCCAUCACCUACGACACCGAUAACCAGCUAGACCACGACGAUGAUGAGGGGCCCUUCACCACGGAGCCGUGGACAAGGGAUGAGGAAGACGACGAAGGAGACGAGGUGGAUGAGCGAGGCUAUGGUGGAGGCACACAGAGAUGGGCAGUCGAUCACACCACGGGCAACCACCGCCUCCAAGCGGCACGCUUCAUCCGUAAAGUACUGGACAAGGAAUUCGAGCCUGCCGACGCACUUCAAAUGAUCCAAGAGAAGCAUACUAUCGACUUCGGGUCCGCCCGCGCAGGCUGCACCCAGGCGCGACCCUCGGACAGUUUCUUCCCACAGUUCUUCCUCGACUUCUUCAGCGUCGUGGGCAAGCCGGGUCGCCCCAUCUCGCGACCCGACGGGCCCAUCUUCGACAACGUUACCGUAUCAUUCCAGCGCUGGUCGGCACCGUACGGGGCCAAGCACGUCAGCGGGAUUCCCUUCAACAUAACGGGCCGGACCUUCCGAGUCGCACAGGCCGCCACGCGCGAGAUCUGGUUCAUCGUCAUGCAUCCCGUCACCGGCGAGAUGUCGGAGCUGCCGGCCUCGGCCGCAGAGGCGCGAAGGAGGCGGGAGAAAGCCGGCGAGAGAAGCGGAAUGCCUAUGCCGUUGGCCUGCGAGCUGGCUUCGUACAUCACGGGCGUCUUCCAGUCUCCGACGCUCCUGGGCGAGGGCGUCCAGCCUUCGUGGCGUCCGGGCGGCCGGGAGAGCCAGAGAAUCAGCUCAAGCCGGUGGAUGACCUUCCAGGAGCUGUUCAUGGAAGGAUGGGCAGCCUGGUCGGGCCGUCGCGGUGCCGACUCGUUCUGGGCGAAGCACGAGCCCGCCUUCCACGCCUACGACUACGGGGCAAACAUCGAGAUCGAGGUGAGCGAGGAGCUGUACGACCUGCCGCGGGAAAGACACCGCCCGAUGGAUGAAGACGACGGAGACAACGACGACGACGACGAGACGCUCCCCUUGCAGGAACUGUCAAUCACGGACGACGGUCCCAGGCAGGCCCGGGCCGAUACGACGAACGAAGCGCGAGCGGAUGGCAGUGACGGUGGUCGCAUCGACAGCAGGCACUACUCCCGGAUCCUCCGCCAGUCUAAGGGCCUCUACAAGCUCGUGUCGGAGCUCGAGGCCCGCUUCCAGCUGGAGGGCAUCACGGCCAUCUCCUACGCGCUCGCCGUCUGCAUCAACAGCGACAGGACGACCAGGUGCGAGGGCGAGGCCGAACGCUCGGAGACGCGGUGCCUGCUGGCAGACAGGAACAUGCUGGCCAGGGAGUUCCCGACCGGCCGAGACUUCACCUUCUAUCCUCAAGCGUUCCAUCCCGUGUACGGGAACGUGUCGUCCAGCCGCCCGCCCAUGUUCCUCGACUCGCUCUUCGCCGCCAUGAAGGGGAACAUGAGCCAUCAGAACGAGGGCGCCGACGUCCUGUCGUUCGGCUACUUCCAGGGCUACUCGAACACGAAGCGCAGCGUCCGUCACAGCCCCCACGACCUUCUGGCAACGAAGGGGUACGCGACGGCAGCACUUACCGUGCCGACCUCGGACGCCAGGGCCACGUCGGCGGCGAGGGAGAAGCGCGAGCGGCUGCUGCGCAUCCUCCGCGGCCCGAGCGACUCCAAGCCCUUCGCGAGAGAACGGCACCAGAUCGGCGUCGCCAUCGAAGGCGAGGAGGUCGCCUUCCGCAUCGAGCAGGUGGUGUCGUUGGACGUGCGGAACAUGGUGGCAAGAGAGCGGACGUUCGAGGCCGUCAUCAGGCCCAUCUUCCAGAUGAUGCGCUUCUUCCUCGUCGAGCACGAGUCCUUCGUGCACAUAUUCCGCUCCAUCCCGCUCGAGAUCUUCCCACGGAUCAUGUGCGCCUACUCGAGGCUCUUCGAACUCGCGCUCGGCGAGAUGGAACGGGCCUUCGUCCUGGGCGGCGAGCAGGGACUCGACGUCGCACGCUCGGAGGCCGUCGCCGUCAUCGAUCGGCUCGGCGGGUACGUGUUCUCGGGCCACCCACGGCAUCUGCCCAGGACCGUGCUCCGUCCGCUCGGAACAUUCGAUAGUCUCUGGGCCGGGGCCUGGCCCUUUCUCGACCCGGCCGUCCUCAACCUCGGCGCUUCGGGAUCGGGCGGGGCAACCAUCGACAUGACCCGAUGGCCCCACUCGGCGAGGACGGGCCGGCCCGUGCUGCUCCACGUCCGCGAGCUCCACCAUCACUACGGGCCGCGGGUGGCGUCCAGCCGGGAGAGUGCCGUCUGGUUCGGGCAACUCGGCGAGACCGCGUUCACGAGCAAGACGGCCAUCACGACAUUCGCCGAGGAGCUCGUCCGCGAGCUGUGGAUCCCGCAGACCAAGGCAUUCAUCAUACAACAGCUCAGGCGUAGGCUCCACGAAGGUGGCGGCGAGGAUGCAGGCAAGCCCAUCACGAUGGACGAGAUCGCCACGUGUGAGGAGGCCAUGGCGACCUGGGAGGCGGCCACCGACGCUUUCACGUGGAAUGCGCUCCAGCGACUCUGGCUCGGCAUGGAGUGCGGCGGCAAGCGCGUGGCAAUGACGAUGUCAAGGCGACGGACGAGACAGGAUUUCGCCGCCGAGCUGGUACGUGUGAUCGGGAGCGAGAAGGAAGGUGGCGCCGACGCCGUCUCACCGAAAUCGGCAACGUGGCCCUCGACACUACGCUUCGCCAUCGCCAACGGUCGCAAGUCGCGGAGCGUCAUCGAUGCAGCAACGUGGGCCGGCGUCAUCACGGGCUGUCUCCUCAACGCACGCAUCGAGUGGGUCCCGGACUCGGCGCGAGGACGGCUCACGUCGAGGAGCGUCGUCCGACUCGGGGGCCGUCCGAUACUGGACCCGAUCCCGGCCGGGCCGCCGGGGUCGCUCCGGCGGGCGGCGCAGGAGGCGGAGAUCAGGCACAACGCCUCCCUGAGGGAGCGGGCCCUCCACCAGCAGCAAUACACGCGGAUCAGCUUCGGAUGCCCCACGCCAUUCACCAGCAUCCCCAACCUCAUCGCCGCAGGCUUCGAGCAGGCCAGGGUGACGUUCUCCGCGAACGGCGACGCGAAGGUGCUGGACCACUACCAACUUGCUAUGAACUGCCUCGCCGAGAACAUUGACGACCCGCUCUGCCAGCUGAUGCUCAUGAUGGCGUUGACAGUGUGCGCCUCCGCGGAGACGCCACAGGUGGCGCAGGGCGAGCGGGCAUUCAGCACGUCACCUCGGAGGAAAGACCCGGGCCAGCUCGCCUUGGUCAUGGUGACGCGGAUGUUGUGGUUUCUGUAUCCGAAGGCGUUCCCAUGGGCCAAGAAAGCUGGCGGGACUGCGUACGACGUCGCCGAGAUGACGAAGAAGAUUGAGCACAAGGGGUGCAGCAACCGGAUGCUGCGGGAGCUCGGAUGGGUCAUAUCGACGAGCAACCGCGAUAGUCCGCGGAACACGGACCUACAUCUCCGACCCAGGGAGGAGCUGCUGGGGAUACUGCGAGAGCUGAGUUCCGCCCUCAGGCGCCCGGACGACUUCAUCUCUACGGUCUUUCACAGUCGGGACAGGAUCUGGGUAGAGCGUUGCGCGAGCAUCAUCAAGCAGGGAGCAUGCACAGCUAGUGCGGCGCCAGAGCACAAGGGUUGUAGCAACCGCAUGCUCCGGGAGCUGGGCUGGGUGACGUCCAAGAGCCAGCGGGACAGCCCGAGAAACACGGAUUUGCAGCUCCGGCCGCGCGACGAGCUCGUCAUCAUCUUCCGGGAGCUCCGUGCCGCUCUGCAACGGCCGGACGACUUUAUCGGCAUGGUCUUCCGCCGCCGAGCUUGA